AUGACCUCAAGUGACCUCUGUGCUCAGAGUCUAUUCUACGGCGAGUUGGUCUGGAGCAUGGGGAUUAUUAUAACUAAAAUUCUCGGUCAUCGAGUCUAUAAUCUAUUUGCAGAUUGGAUAAUACGAAUAGCACUAAGACAUAACCUUAGCAAAUGGCUGAAAAGGCUACGAUGUAACGGAAACACUAUCACACAGUUCGAGUAUAAGAAGAAAUUCAUAUCCAAAUUGAAACAGUCAGCGAUCGCCAUAGAAACCGAUACAGCCAACGUACAGCAUUAUGAAGUACCAACAGACUUUUUCAAAACAGUUCUGGGGACACGUUUAAAGUACAGCUGCUCCUAUUGGCCAGUUAACGUUAAGACAUUGGACCAAUCUGAAGAUGCUAUGUUAGAGCUGUACUGUGCCAGAGCACAAGUAGAAGAUGGUCAUAAUGUCAUGGAUUUGGGCUGUGGAUGGGGAGCACUUGGAUUGUGGAUUUGUGAGAAAUACCCCAACUGCACAGUGACAUGUGUAUCUAACUCCCAAACACAGAGCGAGCAUAUACAGUCACAGUCACUGAGGCUGGGUUAUUCCGGUCGUCUGACUACUCGUAAGAGCGAUGCCAAUGUCUUUGACACCGAAGAACGAUUCGAUCGUAUCAUGUCUAUAGAAAUGUUCGAGCACAUGAAGAACUACGACCGUUUGUUUUCCCGUGUUGCCAGCUGGCUAAAGCCUGGUGGACUACUGUUCACCCAGAUCCUCUGUCACCGAGAAUUCGCCUAUAACUUUAACGUCGGCAAGGGCUCCGAUACAGAAUGGAUGGCCAAGAACUUUUUCUCCGGAGGCACCAUGCCUUCCUCUGAUUUAUUCCUGUAUUUCCAAAAUGAUGUGGUUCUUGUCGACAUGUGGAAAAUGAACGGCAAACACUACUCGAAGACUUUGGAGGCGUGGUUGGCAAUACUGGACAAUAACAGAGGCGAGGUGGCGCGUAUAUUCGAGAAGACAUAUGGAAAGGGUGAAGUUGAUCAACAAGUAUGGAAUUGGAGAUUGUUCUUCAUCUAUUGCUCGGUGGUGUUCGGCUAUGAAGACGGCAAUGAGUGGAUGGUGUCUAUGCAUCUAUUUCGAAAGAGACUCCAGUCUCAGGACUGA